UGUUUUCAAUAUGAAAAAUACUUAAUAAAUAAAUGUUGAUUUGAUUUAAUUUCUAUGUAGAAUUUACAUGUUCUGUGUACCUGUGCACGCACGGCUUUCCUCCACUUACUCUAAUUUCCUCCUACCAUCCAGAAACAUGUAUUUCGGGCGGGCUGAGGACCCUCACCUGUGAUGAACAGCUCCAGCUCUGCAGGCCUGGAGACGCUCAAUGAAAGACCAACCUCAUUAUUACACAGUAUCUAUGAGCUGCUGGAGAGAUCGGGCCGGCAGGUGGCGCUGUUGGUCAAUGCACCGCCUCCUUUAACCCGGAUGUAGUUCCUGCAGACCUUUAACAGAGCAGCAAGUGUGUCCGGGGGGGAGGCAGACUGCAGGGAUGGCGCUGGAUGUGAAAAUCAGAGCAAAACGAUACGAGAAACUGGAUUUCCUCGGAGAGGGGCAGUUUGCUACAGUCUACAAAGCCCGGGACAAAACGACGGACACGAUAGUCGCCAUUAAAAAGAUUAAAGUUGGCCACAGGACUGAAGCUAAAGAUGGUAUUAAUCGAACUGCUCUUCGAGAGAUCAAGCUGCUGCAGGAGCUGCAUCAUCCCAACAUCAUUGGGCUUUUGGAUGCCUUCGGACACAAAUCCAACAUCAGCCUGGUGUUUGACUUCAUGGAAACAGACCUGGAGGUUAUCAUCAAAGAUACAAGCCUGGUCUUGACUCCCGCCAACAUCAAAGCCUAUAUCCUCAUGACUCUACAAGGAUUAGAGUAUAUGCAUCAACACUGGGUCCUGCACAGGGACCUGAAGCCUAAUAAUCUGUUGUUAGAUGGAAACGGGGUGUUGAAGUUGGCUGAUUUUGGUUUGGCGAAAGCUUUUGGCAGCCCCAACAGAGUCUACACACAUCAAGUGGUCACCAGGUGGUAUCGCUCCCCCGAGCUGCUGUUUGGUGCCAGGAUGUACGGUGUGGGCGUCGACAUGUGGGCGGUGGGAUGCAUCUUGGCAGAGCUGCUCCUUCGGAUACCCUUCCUUGCUGGAGAUUCGGAUCUCGAUCAGCUGACCAAGAUCUUUGAGGCUCUCGGGACGCCCACAGAGGAGACAUGGCCGGGAAUGACCAGUCUGCCCGACUAUGUGUCCUUCAAACCAUUUCCUGGCACGCCUCUGGAACAUAUAUUUAGUGCAGCUGGAGACGAUUUGCUUGAGCUACUUCAGGGUCUCUUUACCUUCAACCCUUCAACGAGGACCACAGCUACUCAGGCUCUAAAGAUGCCUUACUUCAGUAAUCGGCCUGCCCCCACGCCUGGGCCCCAGCUCCCUCGACCCAACUGUUUACCUGAAGCUUCCAGGGAGAAGGAACUGAUCGGACACAAGAGGAAAAUGGAAGGAGUGGGCACAACUGCAUUGAAGAAGAAGCUGAUUUUCUGAGGGGAUGGGCUCUCAGGAUCACCACGGCAUCAUGGCUCAGGUUCUGGCGUCGGACAGGAUCGUCCACGGGAGUGAAAACAAUUCAAGGCCAGCAGACGCCCUCAGAUCGGUCUGCAUCAGGAUAACUUCGAAGUUUUAGCCACUGUCUGAAAACCAUCCCCAGCUUUAGCCUUGAAUCUCCCAGAAACCCUUGUCUUCAGGAAACACUGCAGAUGAGUUUUGACUAAGAUAUUUCUUCACUGAUUCUUCACUCUGAAUGUUUGUUGUGCUCAGUCUAUUUAUUUGACUAAAAAUACAACAACAAAGCAAUACAGGUUCAUUUUAUGUAUUUUUUUCUCUUUUGUUAUGUUUUGUAUGGAAGACCAAUAAAUGGUGCCUAAUGCAUUUAUAUGAAUUGUUCUAUUAUGUGGGACUAAAGUUGCUCACAGUGAAUCCGUGUAAUGCUGGGAAGGAUAACAGAACUGCUGGUACUGGUCGUAUUGUAUGAACGAAUAAAUGUGAAAUGAC